AUGUAUGCUGACAUCUAUAGGAACCGCACUCGGCACACUACAGGGUCGGAGCCAUUGAGGCACCGCUUCAGCAUAGCAUCGUUGCGAGGCAUCCAGCAGCCUGAGUUAAGCAAGGAGCUGUUCAAGGUCAUCAAGACAGAGGGCCAUGCCAUUAACUCAUACAGGAAUGCAGGCCAGGACCGUGCGGUGGGAGCCUCCCAAUUGUCUAACUGGGGGUUCAACACGGGCGACCCGGCUGUCUCCGAUAUAUCGGACAAGCUGGGGAUCAUCUUGUCUGAAAUCGGUGAGCAGGAAGACCUGUACUCCUAUAGCCUGGAGGACGCAAGAUGUGUCCUGAAACAUAUCAGGAACACAGAGGGUUCCGUGCAGCCAGCGAGAGACCACAAAGCAAAGAUCAUCGAUGAAAUCCACAAGCAUAAGCUACGUGAUCCAGAUAGUGCGAAGGUCACUGGCCUCGAACAGGAACUAGUUCGAGCUGAAGCCCGCGCUCUAGUUGCAGAAGCCCAGUUGACCAACAUGACCCGUCAAAAGUUCAAGGAGGCCUUUGACCUGCACUUGGCUGCCACCAUUGAGCGGGCCGAGAAACAGGCCCAACUUGCCCGUCACGGCCGCCGACUACUUGCCCUCAUCGAUGACACCCCCGUUGUCCCCGGAGAGGGCCGAGAAAAGUUCGACCGCCUUGAAGACAGCCGUCAGAUAAUGGAAGAUGCUGAGGGAGACCUCACAUCGUGGAAACCCAAUCUUGAACCGGUCCCCAUGGCCUCUGAAGGGCUUAUCCCCAAGAAGAUCGAAGCCCAGGCAAACGGAAACGGCAUCAACGGCAACGGCGUCAAUGGUAAAGCAGUAGAGGAAAGCGAGAUCUAG